CACACACACACACACACACACACACACACACACCCACGCACACACACACGCACACACCCAGACACACACGCACGCGCGCGCGCGCACACACACACAAAGACAAGGAGGCUCUCAGCUUACUUAGCAUACUCUGGUGUGGAGCAGCUGUCUACAUCCUGCUACGCUGCCGAUGAUGACAGGAAACUGAUGUCUCAGCGCGUGGGAGAAGCCGCCAGCAAAGGAGAAUUAGCCUGUCUUCUCAAGUACGAGGAUGUCCACCGGACUUGAUUUUUGAUCCAAAGGAGCAUCCUUCAGAAGGAUUUUGGCACAUUUAAGACAAUGAUAUGAGAGCGUGAACUAUAAGUCCACUGUCUGGAAGGAGAAACUACCUCACUGCACCACCUCAGCCUGGUCCUCUGUGCGAGUCACUCCGAGCUUCCAUCACCAUGCUGCAGCAGAUCCUGGACGACAUGUACAUCGACCCCGAUGUGCUGGAGGCUCUCAAUGACGACCAGAAAAAGACCCUGUUUCUAAAGAUGCGCCAGGAGCAGGUGCGACGCUGGAACGAACGUGAGGAGAAACUGGAGAGGGAAGGCGGGGAUGCAGAGUAUAAGCAAACAAAGCCAAAAAAAGCCAACAGCAAGAAUGUGAGCUGGCUGCCUGGCCGUGAUGGAGAUGACGUGGCUGUCAUUGUGAUCGGGGAAGUGGACGAGCUGACUUCCAAAUUCAUCGGCUCAGGACUAGGAGAAAAGAAGCCUCCCAGUGCACAAUACAACACAAUAAACCAAACAAUUUUGAAGAGCAAAAUAAACCCAGAAGUCCCGACUGAGAGAGAAAACGUCCCUCCUCAGACACACGCUGGAAUAUCUCUUAAUUUAAAGCAAGAGGAGAAGUCAGCCUGUGAGGCCGAGGAAAAUGCCCAACUCUCUGUCAACCCCAAGCUUCCCAAGAGAUCCAACGCCAUUGUGAGGCCGGCGUCCACAAACGUGGCGCCGAGCCCCGUCAACACAAGACCCGGGGUCACAAAUCUGAGGCAGGCCAGCUCGGCGCCAACUCCUCGACUCCCCAGCGACGUCGUCAAAGCGGACUGUGGGACAACGUCAGCCACCAAAGGGGCCUUGCAGUCACAAGGCCCUGCCAAGAUUAAGGAGCCUCAGCAAGCUAAAGGUGGUGGCUACAUUCGAUCUGCCUGGCAGGGCGACCUCAGUGAAGGUGGGCUUAUCAGCCAGCACGGCGCCCGGCGCGGGGCGGGGAAGAGUGGCCCAGCUGAUGAAAACCUUCAGCAUCGAUAACGUUCCGACGCCUGCGCACAGCCCCUCUCGUGGCAUCAAACCCCCCCUUCCCAGCAAGCCGAGCCACUUAAACGUCGCCAGCAGUCCUUCUGUCAGGUAAUCCAGGCGCUGAACUCUGAAGAUGCCCAAAGAGGAGCAAUAGGCACUAGACAAAGGACAGUGGAAGGACCCCGGUGACGAUUGUUGCGACGUUGCUGUCACUCUAAAAGCACAACCAUGGAAAUGCUUGAACGCGUUCUUUUUAUUGACUCACGCAACAGUACUGUAAACGUUCUCACUGCAAAGAUGCAUUUGGAUUUGCUGACCAAUGACAAUCACGUAUUUACUUCUUUGAUGCUUCUCAUUUAAUGUUAGCAUUUGCUCAUGUGGGUUUUUUUUUUUUAUCUGAGACAAAGCUUAAGUCAGGCGAUAUAAGGUACUGAAGGAUCCUUCUUAAAAAAAUGGUGUUUCUCAUGACCCUGCCUCAGUGCGACCUGUUGAGGAAAAAUGAUGUUGCCAAAUAUUUCCACCCGUCUCUCCCAGUGGAUCAAACCGAGGAAGAUUUGAUGGUCAUUGCCAUAUAAACAAGUGUGAUCAGUGUUAUGUCUUCAGUAGCGUAUUUACAGACGUGUACAUUGUUGUUGUUUUUUAAACUUGUUUUUACAUUUUCUAUGGGGAGAUUUAUAUAUAUAUAUAUAAAGGACCAGUUUACAGUGUGUACAAAUUUAUGGCACAUUGGAUCUCAAACUUGUGUGUUUGGAUCGGAAGCAAUAAAAAGAUGUAUUUAAAAGUGCAAAUAUCUCCACUGGACAUGAUUCUGAAUAUUAAAGACACGAUUUGUAACAA